AUGCUAAUUCUUCAACCUCGUCGCUGGCUUAAUUUAGCCUCUUUACAUCGGAUGACAAAUAACUUCCCGACUGAAGAUGUUUGGAACGUUGUUAUAUCUUUGGAAUCACGUUAUUUGGAAUGUUCAAUUGUUUUCGUAUCAUGUGUAAACAAUAUGGCAGCUCUAGUAGUAGAAAUUCUGUACAGUUGUUUUAUUGGGUGGUUUUAUUUCUAUGGAUUGUGGCUUUACACGUCAGAAAUGAUAUUUUAUUCGGUUUCUCUCACAGCGAUUGGCACAAUAGUAUUAUUUAUAGCCGUGAACUUUUUGAGAAUUCCUUCUCCUGAUCAGUGGAAGGUUGUGGAAGUUCUAGGUAUUGAUCCUCGAACGCAAGAAGAUCAGAUCAACGAAGAAAAUGAUAGUAAAGAACAGUAUGUUAUGAAAGUUGUGGCACAUCGAGCAGCACCGCUGGAUGCCCCAGAAAAUAGUUUGGCUGCAAUAAGAAAGAGUAAAGAAAAGGGUUGCACAGCGGUUGAACUGGAUGUAUGUCUUACUGCAGAUGAUAUACCUAUUAUAUUUCAUGACGAUCACAUUGACAGACUUACAGAAAGAACCGGUCAAAUUAAUGAAAUGACAUGGGCAGAAUUAAAAGACUUGGAUAUAUCUGCAAAACAUCCUUUCAGAGAUAAAUAUCCUGGUGAAAAAAUACUUUUAUUUGAAGAUGCUAUAAAUGAAUGUAUUAAACUUGAUUUGAGAAUAUUUAUUGACAUUAAAGCAGAUGAUUGGAAGACUGCAGUUCAGUUAAGUCAAGUUAUCCUUGAAGCUUUUAAAAGAGAGUCAGUGCUGUAUGGACGUGCAGUCAUCACUUCUUUCAAUCCUGUUGUGGUGUUUAUGAUUCGCCGAGCUGAUCCUCAAAUAGUAUGUGCGCUGGCUUGGAGGCCUAAGUUUUUCAGUAUAGCUACAUAUUCAGGAAACGUGUCUGAAGGGAGGCCUCGUUUCAAACGCUUUCACACUCACCUGGCUGCAAGAGUUGCUGAUGCAGUUCAUGAGUGGAUUUAUCACAAUAUUUUGUUUUAUGUUUUGGGCCUAUCUGCUGUCCUCGUUCACAAGGAUUGCAUCACCUUGGAGUAUGUGAACUUGUGGAGUAAACGAGGAGUUCGUGUUAUUCCCUGGUCAAUAAAUUUGCCUGCUGAGAAACAGUUCUUUUCAAAAAUAUUGAAAGUUACUUAUCUGACUGAUACUCUAGAUGUUCGAGCUGUUUAAAAGUGUUCUCUGCCUAUAAAACAAAAAGGAAUCUUUAUUUUUAUGGUGUGAGUUGGUUCUUCAUUAUCUAUUAAAUGAAGUUCUGUUACGUAAGUAGUGUGGGCCUAUUUGUCAAACGUUUGCUAGCUAGUCUCUCUACACUAUUUUUCAUAGUUGCUAUAGUAUAUAUUUCAUAUAAUUUUUGUGUUUUGUAAUUUCAUAUUGGAAGAAAUAAAUAUUACUCAAGGAAUGUUCA